AAUAAAAUGAGUUAUGCAGCAGAUCACUUAGCCUGGCAACAAAGAGUUACUCAAGAGGACAGUGCUAGUAAAAGAUUCUUAUUCUGGAAGACACAGAGCGGGUUUGGCAGUCAGACUGACGAAUUUUUCAGUGAUUGGGCUAAACGGAAUUAUAUGACUACAAACCAGGAUAAUCAUUCUAAAAUGCUGAAGAAGAUGAACCCUGAGCUUUGGGAUAGAUUUGGAAACCAAAUUCAUCUAAACCAGAAAUUCCACCCGAACAUGACUGGACAGUACAUGUACACUGGAAGGGAAGCUAAAACACCGAAUAACAUGACUAGAAAGCAGGAAUAUAUCUCAUUACAGGGCCCAGUGCAGCCAAAACCGCCUGCUUUCUUUGACCAAGCUUAUCAAGGAAAGCCAGAUUGGAGGAAGAAAGCAUCCCUCUCUCAGACAAGGCCCUACAGUGCUUAUAAUGCUCAUGAUGAUGCUCAAAGCUACAUGAGCCAUCAGAAGCUAAAAAGGAAACAGAACCACCAGAAAACCCUCGACCCUUCCAAAGCAAUGAUCAGGUCUAGAAGACUCAAGACUAGAUCCAAAAAGAGGCAGGACGAGGAUGAAGAAGAAUGGGAAAGAUUUAACGAAAAAGUCAGCUACAAAUCUGGAGUCUCACAAAGAUCCAGCAAGUUCUCCAAUAGACUCCAUUCAGCCAACAGAAACGCCAGACCAGGGAAAUAUCUCGGUUUGAGGGACAGAAUGUCUAAUGCUAAGGCUGCCAGUGAGCUCACUCAGCAGAACUUGAAAGAUUUUGAGGAAAGACUUAGCUCCCAAGCAGGAGCUUCCAGAAGAAAAGAUAAAAUAAUCUUCAGUGACAAAGAUAAACAAGUCAAAGAUUACGAAGAAAAUAAAGAAGGCGAAGGCGACAAAGAAGAAGAACCCCUCAACCAAGAGGAUCCCGAUCAAGAAGGUGAAGGUGAUGCUGAUGCUGAAAAAGAAGAGGCAGAAAACGAAGAACUUAUGUCAAUCAAAUCUAAAUCUGAAGUCCAAACUAUGUCUAAAGCGUCCAGAAAAUCCUACGUCCUCUCCCUCAGAAAGCAGCUGCAGAAAGAAAGAGAUGAGAGACGUAAACUAGAGGAACAAGUCAAAGAGAUGAUAGAGUCCAAGAGAGCUACUAGCCAAGAAUAGUGCAUGCUAAAAUUAGAAUAAAGAC